AUGGAAUUCUGGAGUGAGACUGCUGUCAGUCUUGAGAACUAUUCUCGCAUGAUCAACUUCCGCAUUGUGUUCAUGGUGCCAAAGCAACAGCUCGAAAGUUACAAGGGGUUGGCGGUUAGGCCGAGAUGUGUUCCGCUUUGGAUUACGGAUAUGUGUCUUGCAGCGCAUGUAAUUAACAAGAUGCCGGAGAUAUCCUUUGUGUUUGGGCCGCGAGACGGCUUCUUCUUCGACUGUCCUCAGACCUGGAAAUUCCAUGAGAUACCACAUACGCUUCGUCAGUUGUUUAAUAGCUCCAUGAGCCCAGAAUGGAGAAUCGCUAGCCCGUAUUGCCUCGCCCUCGCGCCCCAGAUAGACUCCCCAGAGCCGAUCUGGUAUGCAGGUUGCAAGACUUUAGAUGGGGAGGACAAGCUCUUCCACUCGCAAACGUACUUCGAUAUCAAUUAUCCUGAUCUUGCGCGAUGGAUCAAGUCGUUCCCAAAUGCGGCCCGCUCCUGUUUUGUGACCUUCGGCCAGAACUUCAGCUACUUCGCAUGCGCACCCGGACAUGGCUCGAUAUGGGCCGGCAUACCUUCGGACCUUGAGAGCAGAGUGAAGAAGUCGCUAGUUACGCCAAUUUGUGUUGGCAUUGGAAUGAAAGACGCUUGGUUUGUCUUGUUCUCAAACGGCGAUUUGGCGUGGAACUUGAGAGGUUAUUACAGCUCUUUGAAUAAGAUCCUUGCUGAAGCUGCGCCGGGUACAGUCAAUUACGUCGCCAUUUCGCCGUAUAAUAAGCAACACUACUUCAUCGCGUUCCAGGACCGGACCGUCAAGUACAACUUCCAAGGAGCUCCUUCAGAAUGGAUGCGACUCAUGACUGAAGUAUUCGAUCUCUGGGCCGUUGAGCACUCACGAAUGCAACAUGCCGGUCCGCUACAGGCACAACCAUAUGCGCGUGCGCAACAAGUACCAGCGCAAACAUAUCUUCAACCGCAGUCAACCCAUAUCAUCAGUGCUUCGCGGCUACCUAUGGCCAUUCCGGUGUCGCCACAAUCGGCACCGAACUCACCAUUGCCUAUAUACACAAGCCCUGUACAGCAGAAUAUGGUAUCAGCCAGCAUCAUGGCAACCAUCACAAGAGCUUGGAAAGUGGGGGUCAUAGCAACGUGCUUCCUGACAACGAUAGCGAGUGCUGCGGGGCCUACAGUCGCUGUUUUGAAUGGAACAUACGAAGGCUUACAUCUUCCCUCGUUCAAUCAGGACCUCUUCUUAGGCAUUCCGUAUGCGCAAGAUACCGGAAGUCAGAAUCGUUUUCGCAUACCACAGUCUUUGAACUCGACAUGGAAUGGCACGCGCCCCGCCAAAUCAUACGGAGAUGCCUGUCCAGACCCAUCAGAUACGAGCUUCAGCAUGAGCGAAGACUGUCUGAGCAUCAAUAUUGUUCGUCCAGCUGGGUUUUCAGCUCGCGAUCACGCGAAGCUGCCAGUUGCAUUGUGGAUUCAUGGAGGCAGUUAUCAAGUUGGCACCAGCGCGCUUGCGAAUUACAACCUCACAUAUCUUGUCCAGCGAAGCGUAGAGAUUGGUCGACCUAUCAUUGCUGCUAGUAUCAACUACCGCAAAGGCGGAUGGGGUAUGAUGUACUCUCGAGAGAUCCAGGGUACUGGCCAGACAAACCUCUCACUUCGCGACAUGCGCAAAGGACUCGCCUGGAUCUCAGAGAACAUUGAAGCCUUUGGCGGCGACAAGAACACAGUGACCAUCUGGGGCGAGUCUGCUGGAAGCUUUGCAGUAGGGCAGCUACUCAUGUCCUACGGUGGCCGUACAGAUGGCUUGUUUCACCGCAGUAUACAAGAGUCCGGAUCUGCGGCAACAGCUUGGUACAAUGGUACUGAUUGGUAUCAGCCCAUCUACGACAACGUCGUUGACAAAACGAACUGCUCUAAUGAGGUUGACACACUGGAGUGCCUGCGCACAGUGCCUUAUGAGAUUAUGUUCCCGUUACUUGCGGCUCCGGUUCAAGGUCCCGGCUGGUACCCGACUGUCGAUGGAGACAUCAUCCCUGCAUAUCCUACGGAACUGCUCGCUUCAGGCCGUUUCGCUCAUAUCCCCCACCUCUACGGUACCAACUCUGAUGAAGGUACCGACAACGCGCCUGCGGACGGUGUCAUCAACACCGACGAAGAUCUUCGUGCCUACCUCGCCGGCAGCACAGGCUUCGACUUCCCUGAUACGGUUGUCCAGCAUAUUAUGGAGCUCUAUCCCAACGACCCUACCCUGGGCAUACCCCUUAACACCGGCGUGCAGCUUUUUGCAGAGCAGGGUCUCCAGUACAAGCGAAUAGCUGCCAUCAUGGGCGAUGCAUUCUACCAUGCACCCCGCCUCACAGACGCCCGCGCUUACUCCAAAUACUCGCCCACGUAUAUUUACCGCUUCAACACGUUCCCCUGGCAGAAAAACAACACUGCUGAUGAAGGCGGCAGCGCACGCGCUUACAAGGGUGUCGCGCACUUCACAGAGGUGGCUUUUGUCUUCGCCAACCCCAACUUCUAUGGGCCGUGGGACGAGUACAGAGCGUUAAGCAAUCAGAUCAGUGCGCAAUGGAUCAACUUUGUUGCUAGUGGUGAUCCUAAUAGCAAAGCACUGCCACUGUGGCCGCAGUACAACGAGAGUGCACAAGGACUUGAUCUUGUUAUCCAGGCAAAGGGGAGAGGGUACAAUGGGAGCUAUGUUGAGGAGGAUACUUGGAGACUUGAGGGAAGGGAGUAUUUGAGCAAGUGGGCUAGGAGAAGGCAUGUUUAA